AUGUCAAAGACUAUCGGUGCUAGCAGUCAACCGAGUGACGAAGCCUUCAUACGGGAGGUGCUCCGAACUUGGGAUGGGUCAAAACAGCGUCGUCGUCGCGCCAAGCGACCGGAACCAGUGUCCAAGAAACCUCGUAAAGAGAUCCGAUCGGGGCCUCUGAUCG